AGUUGGAAGCUUGUCGCGUCACAAAUUGCACGACCCUAAGGUCCCGAAGAGAAAGGAUUUAAAUUGGCCUCUUCUGGGGUUGGUGGGGUGAAAACGCCAAGUGAUCCGAUCACUGUAGGGCAGCCCUUGAUGCAGUGUUAGUUUGUUUUCUAGACUUUGGAUCAUUUAUUUUCUGAGGAGAUGCCGCAGUGGGGUGGUGGAGCCAAGUGCGCUGCUUGUGAGAAGAUUGUCUACCAUGCUGAGGAGAUACAGUGCAACAGCAGAAGUUUCCACAAAACCUGCUUCAUUUGCAUGAUCUGUAGAAAAGCCCUAGACAGCACUACAGUUGCUGCACAUGAAGCUGAAAUCUACUGCAAGGCUUGCUAUGGCAAGAAGUAUGGACCAAAGGGUUAUGGCUAUGGUCAAGGUGCUGGAACCCUUAGCUCCGAGACCCUAGAAAAUCCGGGCACCCAUCAAGUGGAGACUAAAUCUCAUCAUUCUGUAAACCCCAGCUCCUCCAAAUUUGCUCAUAAGUUUGGUGGUGCAGAAAAGUGCCCACGAUGCAGCCACUCUGUGUAUGCAGCCGAGAAGGUGAUUGGAGGAGGAAAGGCUUGGCACAAAAUCUGUUUUCGCUGUGCGCUGUGUGGUAAGAGCCUGGAAUCCACAACAGUCACCGACAAAGAUGGAGAAAUCUACUGUAAAGUUUGUUAUGCAAGGAACUUUGGCCCUAAAGGAGUGGGGCAUGGGCAAUCUGGUGGAGCAUUACCUAGCACGGAAUAAAAAAAAAUCUUCUGGCACAGUCGAAGAUGCACUUAAUUCUCCGAUUUUCCCUGCCAAAGAUCACAUACCGCUGUCCUUUUCAAAUUAAUACUUUUAACUGUAAAGCUGGAAAAACACUUGCACAAUGGCUAUUUGUAACUAUCUUCAACGGUUAGUCAUUUUCACAAUAAAGCAUUUGAAUUACAGACAAUCCGAAGUGGAAAGAGUUCCAUAAAGAAACAGUAUCAGCCAAUGUCCAAAGUUUUUACAGACCUGCUAUAAAGCAAUGAUAAAUUGUUUUAAGAUUCAUUUUCACACUGAAUGGAAUUGAGUAUGAUAUGAAAAAAUACCUUGCCACAUUCAUUUUGUUAUUGUAAGCUUAUGAAAGCACCUAUUAAUCAAUGCUUUGUAACUCUCAAUAAAGUAUUAUUGGCACCUAAAA